AUGGUUCUACGUGUCUUUUAUAUUUCUACUACCGGUCGACGAGAUAUACGUAAACGACAAAUUCAUGUCCUAGCUGUACUUAGUUCUUGGAAACUUGAGCACGAAGCUAUUGAUGUAGCAGCACCCGAAAAUGAAACAGAUCGUGAUUUCGUUAUAGAAAAUGGUAAAAAGACUGACGACGAUAAAAUAUUGUUACCACAAAUUUUCAAAGAAGAAGAAUGUUGUGGAGAUUAUUUGGACUUCUUACAAGCGAUUGAACAUGAAAAAUUGCUACUAUUUCUGAAACAAAUUACACAAGAAGAAUUCGAUGCACUUGAACGAAGUAAAAAUGGUGAAACGAAAGAAACAAAAGUAGAAGAUGAAGAAAAAGCUGAAGGUGAAGAAGAUACUGAGAAGAAGGAAGGAGAAGAUGAAGAAACUGAAAAGAAAGAAGGUGAAAACGAAGAAACUGAAGAUGGUGAAAACGCAGAAAAAACAACUGAUGAGGAUGAAAAUAAAGAAGAAGGAGAUGAAACUACUAAAGAAGAAGCUGAAGGUGAAGAAAGCGAAAAGGUGAAAGAUGAAAACGAAGAGGAAACUGAAGAAACCAAAGGUGAUGAAGAAGAAGAAGAAGAAGAAGAAGAAAAGGAAAAAGUCGAUGAAGAUGAGGAAAAAGCUGAAGAAGGUGAAAAAGAAGAAGAAGAAGAAGAAGAAGAAGAAGAGAAGAAAGCAGAUGAAACUGACGAAAAAGCUGAAGAAGAAGAAGAAGAAGAAGAAAAACCAGCUGAAGAACCUAAAGCAAAAGAAACUAUAGCUAGUGAAGAAUCUAAAGAAAAAAGUACCAAAAGUCGUCGUCGUGGUUGGGAUACUGACGAAUCAGAUUCGACUAGUAAAAAAUCCGACGAAAAACAGGAAGACACAUCAACACGAAAAAAAUCCGAUGCAAAAGAAGAUGAUAAAUCAUCUACAAGUGCAGAUAAAUCAUCGUCAUCACGUCGUCGACGUGGUUGGAAUGAAGACGAUUCAAAAACUGAAGAAACUAAAGACAAAGAGGAAACCAAGAAAGUUGAAGAACCAAAAGAGGAAGAGAAAAAAACUGAAACAUCAUCAUCUCGACGUCGCCGAGGCUGGAAUGAAGACGAUUCGAAAACUGAAGAAACCAAAGAGAAAGACGAAACUAAGAAAACUGAAAAACCUAAAGAAGAAGAAGAAGAAGAGAAAAAAACUGAGUCGGUAUCAUCUCGACGUCGACGUGGUUGGGAUGAAACAGAUAAAAAGGAAGAAGCUAGUAGUGAAAAGAAAACUGAAGAAUCGAAGACUGAUACUAAAGAUGAAAGUGAAAAGAAGAAGGACGAUGACGAUAAAAAAGAAUCUGCUAAAUCGGGUGGACGCCGACGUGCUGGCUGGUGA